AUGGUCUCUGUGAAAACAAAACUUCUUGUAACAUUGCUUGUUCUGCAGCUCUGUUAUGCAGGGACUCACAUUGUCUCCAGGGUUGCACUAAACAUUGGUGUCAGCAAGGUUGUAUACCCAGUUUAUAGGAACCUCAUUGCCCUGCUUCUGUUGGGCCCUUUUGCUUAUUUCUUAGAGAAGAAGGAGAGACCACCUCUUACUUUCUCUUUGCUGGUUCAGUUCUUCCUUCUAGCAUCACUGGGAAUCACUGCAAACCAAGGCUUUUAUCUCUUGGGGUUGUAUUAUGCCUCUCCAACUUUUGCAUCUGCAAUGCAGAACUCAGUUCCAGCAAUCAAUUUUGUCAUGGCUUCUGCUCUGAGGCUUGAGAAGGUUGAUAUCUCAAGGAGAUAUGGACUGGCAAAGGUGCUGGGAACCAUUGCAAGUAUAGGAGGUGCCACAAUCAUCACUAUCUACAAGGGCCCUCCUCUUCUGCACCAGACACAUCCCCAACUGGGAAAUUCCUUGGAGGAAGACAUGUAUUCCAGGAAAAUGCAGAACUGGACAUGGGGCUGUGUAUACCUGGUUGGACACUGCCUAUCAUGGGCUGGUUGGAUGGUCCUUCAGGCACCUGUGUUGAGGAACUAUCCAGCUAAACUCAGUCUCACUUCAUUUACAUGCUUCUUUGGAUUGAUCCAGUUCUUGAUCAUAGCAGCCUUUGUAGAAACCAACCCUGAGCUCUGGAAAAUUCAAUCAGGAGAAGAGCUUUUCACAAUUCUAUAUGCUGGAGUUGUGGCAGCUGGGAUUGUCUUCUCCCUUCAAACAUGGUGUAUUCAAAAAGGAGGUCCUGUUUUUGUUGCUGUCUUCCAGCCUAUGCAGACGCUUUUAGUCGCUGUCAUGGCAUCUCUAAUUCUUGGCGAUCAGUUAUACCUUGGAGGGAUUAUCGGUGCAGCUCUCAUUAUGCUUGGUCUUUACUCGGUUCUAUGGGGUAAAACAGAAGAAAAGAGAGUGGGAAGCCAAGAUCAGGAACAGACAUUGACAAAGCAUCUUCUUGAUACUGAAAAUAGAGAUAAAGAUGAUGCUCCUGCAUCAGACAUUCCAUGACUACUACUCCUCACAUAUCAAGAUAGCUUAUCUCCAGAUAAGAAGAAGCUCAUCGAGCUUGAUAAUCCUAGCCCUUCAACAUGUAAAUCUAAGGGGUCUUUUCUUUUUUCAUUUUUUUUUCUUAGUUCUAUUGUCAAACUAAGCUGGGAGUGGCUUGCAAGUGAAUCAAAGAGAGAAGCCCAUUUCAAUGGAGUAUAGAUUUGAAGGUCUGGUAUGGUGAGUUAUGGCAAGUCAUCAUCACCCAUGAGACAAACUGAGGCUGGAGUCAUUGGAAGUGAGGCUGAAUGAUUGUACACUAGUACUGAUUUGGAUCUAAAUAUUAUAUAGAAGCAGCAAGAUUUAUGUAUUUGAAUAUUGGAACAA